AUGUUUCUUCAUGUCGUCGGUCAUAACCAGAGGUUCAGAGUCAUCCAUAACACAUUCAGGCGAUCCACGGAGACUAUCUUUCGGUACUUCCAGCAGGUGUUGUACGCAAUUGGGGAGCUCAUAAGUGAAAUGAUCAAGCCAGCAUCAAUAAACACACCAACCAAGAUCAAGUACAACUACAGGUGGUUCCCCUAUUUCAGGGAUUGCAUUGGGGCUAUUGAUGGUACUGAUGUCACUGCAAUGGUACCGAGAUCAAUUUCUGCAGCAUUCCGCGGGAGGAAGCACUACACCAGCCAGAACGUGCUAGCAGCUGUGGAUUUCGAUAUGAGGUUCAUCUACGUGCUUGCUGGGUGGGAGGGUUCAGCUUAUGAUGCCAGCAUCCUGGCCGACAGCUUGUCAAGGCCUGAUGGGUUGCGAAUCCCUGAGGGUAAGUUCUACCUUGGAGAUGCUGGAUAUGCAUGCCGACCUGAAAUUUUACCUCCCUUCAGGAAAAUAAGGUACCACCUCAACGAGUUCUCUGCGAAGCACCGACCUCUGAAUGCGAGAGAGUUGUUCAAUCUCAGACACUCAAGCCAUAGAGUCACCAUUGAGAGGGCCUUUGCUGUAUUGAAGAACAUGGUCAAGGUCCUUGACCAGAAACCGUUCCACACGUUUGACACUCAGGUAAACCUGGUCCUUGCUUGCUGCAUUCUUCAUAACUGGAUCCUAGGUUGGGGCGAGGAUGAUUUCUUCAAAGAGGGUGUCACUUUUGAUGAAGUAGAGACCGGCCUCAGGCGACAAUGA